UGUCACAAGAGGAAAGAAGGGUCAGCAUCAAGUAUCAGUGUGAUGCUACGAAUUCGUUCAGAUGCGUCAGUGUUUCUCUCUUCUUUGCAGAUUUUCAUGAUGAAGUAGAGGAACCUAAAAAUGGUGCCGAGAAGUACAUCAGAUGCCCGCGUUUGUACAUCGCCAUCGGCGCGAGAAAAGCCUGCUGCUGCAGCAGGUGGCGCUCGUGCUAGGACGAAUACCGUAACCUCUACUGACUGCGUCCCGGUGAGCUACUUGCUUUCCGGACGUACUGAUAUGAUGGUGUCUCGGAAAUUCCGCGACGAGUUGGAAGACUACAUUCGCGGAGGGAACAAGACGAAGCAACCAGAAGACGACAUUGUUAAGGCGCCCCCAGCUGAACCGUCCCCGAAAAGAGCUGCGCAACGUACUUCGGUUCCCAACAAGAGCAAGCGGAGAGUUAGCGGGACGAUUUUUCCGUGUGGGCGGGCCACGGUGGAACAAUUGGACUUUGUUGAGGCUCUGCAUGCGCAGGAGGAGCAGGAAGUCUUCUCGAAAACUCCUUCUGGUGACCAGAAUAAUGUUGAAAAGCAGGAGUCUAGCACUACUUCCUCUUCGAGUACAGCGAAGUUUGACGUCGCUUCGUCCGACAACCAUUACUACCUGACGGAAACGCAGCGUCGCAGGCGGGACAAAGUAGAGUACUGUCUGCGGAGUGGAAGACCGCCAGCGGAGUUUCACUGCGACGAUCCAGCGGAAGUGUGCCCCUAUCUUUUCAUUGGCAGUAUGCAAUCUGCUUGUGGGCCGACGCUGCGACGCCACCAAAUACACUAUCUUGUCAAUGCCUGUGCAACAGUGAGCAGCUGCACCACAGCAGGGCCCUCUCCUGUCGUAUCUUCUGAAGAGCAUCACCAAUUACUGUCGAAUAGCACUGCUUCGUCGUUGACGUCGUCAUCGACAGCAGCAAGUGUUAAUCGAACUAGCACCAGCUCUACAGCAGGAGGCGAAGCAGGAAACGAGCUUGGAGAAGAACAGCACCAGCAGCGUAAAAGGGUACCGAAAACAGCGAGCAUGACACUGGAUCGGUUGCUGGCUGAUCGCACAUUCUCCUUAGCUCUCUCGGAUCACCCGCGCUUCGCACUUUCGCGUCGCUGUAUGGACGAGAUGGUUGCGUUCGUUGACCGGGCUCGAGAGAGUAAGCGCGCCGUGCUCAUUUUCUGUGCUCGAGGGGUCAGUCGUUGCGCUACCGCUUGCUGCUGGUACUUGCUCUGCUCACGGCUGAGCAGUUCCGUGGCCGGCGCUCUGAGCAUGAUGUCGCGCGCACGACCCGUAGUAGACCCUAACAAGGGCUUUCGGAAGCAACUCAAGGACCUGGAAACGGAGAUAAACGAGUUCGGACAAAUCGGUGACCGCUUCCUCAAGGAAACCGAAGCGCGCCGCGAUUCCGUGUUAGCAGAGCACGAUCGGACGACUAGAACGAAAGAUAAAACGCCACAACAACACGUUGACUUGAAGGAGGGGCAAGAUGGAGCGUCAGGGGAGUUCGUUGAUGAUGCCAAGUUUGCUUCGAAGACAGAGCUAGCACAGAUGACGGCCCAAGACGAUCAUGCUGGAGUAUGCGAAAAAGAAACCCUCAUGGCGAGAAAAAUAGACCUUGUUUCCCGUUUGGAAGGUGGAGGUGAGAUAGGACACGUCAGUGAAGAGGCAUCCACUACGGAUGUCUCUUCAACAGCGUAUUCUGCGACUGAUACAGAAAAAGACUGAAGCAAGAACUUUAUUCACGACGAGUUAUACCAGAAAGGUACAUACUAGAUUUCUGAGAGAAGCAUGAUGGGCG